GAGGCAUGUUGGAUUUGAGAUCAAUUUGAGGACUCCCACACGCAAACAUUUAUGUCCGAUAUUCCUGUCCAGCUGUCAAGAAGAGAUGCGACCGAGAUUAAUAUUCAUAGGAAAUCAUUUUAAAAUGGUUGAAAAAGGAAGGGAUCAGGAAUGAGCUCUUUAGUUCAUCAGUCUCGGGCCACUGAAUUCUCAAACCGUUGGAAAGGGGUGGCAACAUUAUCGAUCUCCAAAGUACUAAGAGGCUACAAGUCUGUUUGCUUACAGCGGACUUCAGUGCAUUCUAUCGCAGCAACAGAAAAAACAGGGACUAAAGAUGAAACCAGAAGCCGAAUGGAUCAUCACAGUCCUCUACGCCAUCACGAUGCUCGUAGCGUUUGCAGGGAAUAGUUUCCUCAUCUACAUCGUGUGGAAGAAACCUGAAGUCAGAUCACUGACAAGCUUUAUGUUCGUCAACAUGGCCAUCGCUGAUUUGCUGGUAACCUUGGUAGUGAUGCCCUGGUCGAUUUCCACAAUAUAUACAGACGGUUUGUGGAUGAUCCCGGGAGUAUUUGGAAAAGUCAUGUGCAAAGGUGCUGUAUACAUUGCCUAUGUCACUUUAACAGCAUCCGUCCUCUGCCUGAUGUUCAUGGCGAUCGACAGGUACUAUGCCAUCGUUCAUCCUCUCCGCCGCCAUCUUUGGUUUCGAAAGCCUAAACUAACCGUUCCAUUUAUUUGGAUCGGGUCACUGGUCUCCAUGUCCAUUUUCCUUGUUAUUCAAACUGUGGAGGACUACAAUAAUUCUCCCCAUUGCACGCUAUCUGUUUACAUCUUGGGUGAUCCAGAUAGGGCUCUUCAAGGAAUAUACCUCCUCCUUUUCGUCGUCAACUAUCUCAUCCCCUUGGUCGUUAUUUCUUUUCUGUAUACCAUCACUGCACGGAACUUAUGGUUCCAUGAUGCACCUGGAGUGAAUACUUUGAGAGGAAAUCGAGCGCAACUAGAAACUUCCAAGAGAAGAGUGGUUCGGAUGCUCAUUAUUGUUACCUGUGCCUUUGCCCUUUGUUGGCUCCCACCACAAGUGGUCCACAUCAUGUACGUCAUUCACGCAUCUAAGGCUUACCUACAUAUACAGCCGAUUGUCAGCUUUGUGUGUUUUUGGUUUGGACACGCUAACAGUGCCGUUAACCCAUGGCUGUACAUUUUUCUGAGUACCAAGAUAAAUACGGCAUUUACAAGGAUCGUCAGUAGAAAAAGCGGCUGGUUGCCUUCAAGUCUCGCCAUCAAAACAUCAGAUGCCGUCUUACCACCUGAAGAUGAAGCAAUCCAGAAAGAAUCAAGAAUGUAAUCUCUCUCAUAACAUGAAACGUUUAUUACCAAUUUGGUAACUGUAAGAUAGACACUCGCUUAAAACGGAUUUGCUUAUUUCUAAUUAUAUAAUAUAAUACAAACACCUAUAUACGGUUUCAUAAAAGUUACUGUAGUAAUCCGAGUAAUUUCAUGAGAAAUUGAUAAUUGCAACUUAUUUCUAAGAACCGUUCCGUGUAUAUGCAAACCGUUUCCGUGAUAAUAAUUUAAUUUUGACUAAUUCAGAUUAUAA